AUGGGAGACGUAGAAAAUAAACCAACACUUGAGGAGGUCACAAUCCAUGUUUCCAUCACUAAUUCCACCCAAUUAGUCAACCAUGCAGUAGCACUGUCUGUUGAUCAUGAGAAAACCAAAACACUGCAAUCACAUUCUUCCAUCUUAACCACAAUCCAUGCAGGCUAUUUCAGAAUAACCAUCUCUCUCGCUGCCCAGGCUCUUCUAUGGAAGAUCUUGAGACUCUCUACCGAUGACUCUAAAGCUGACAUCCAGCGGAUGUUCCGAACGCUUCCUUCGAUGGCCUUUCUUCUGCUCUGGUGCCUCGCGAUUUUGACACUGGUUUCGCUGUCGUUUCUCUACGUCCUCAAAUGUUUCUUUCACUUUGACAUGGUGCGAGCCGAGCUCUUGCAUCACAUAGGAGCCAACUAUUUGUACGCUCCUUGGAUUUCAUGGCUUCUUCUUCUACAAUCAGCGCCGGUGAUCGUUCCGAAAACCAUUUUGUACCAAGUUCUGUGGUGGGUUUUCACUGUCCCGAUCUUGGUUCUCGACUUGAAAAUCUACGGACAGUGGUUCACCACCGAGAAAAGGUUCUUAUCAAUGGUGGCAAAUCCUACUAGCCAGAUUUCUGUGAUAGGGAACUUGGCGGGUGCCUUGGCGGCAGCAGAGAUGGGCUGGAAAGAGAGCGCGAUUUUCAUGUUCUCGCUUGGAAUGGCACACUAUUUUGUGCUGUUUGUAACUCUUUAUCAGCGGUUAGCCGGUGGAAGCAGGUUUCCUGCUAUGAUGAGACCAGCCUUCUUCCUGUUCUCAGCUGCACCAAGCUUGGCAAGUUUGGCUUGGACCUCCAUAUCCGGAGCCUUCGACACCGUCUCCAAGAUGCUCUUCUUUCUCUCUUUAUUUCUCUUCACGUCCCUGGCUUGCAGGCCAGCCCUUUUCAAGAAAUCGAUGAGGAGGUUCACUGUUGUGUGGUGGGCAUACUCAUUCCCACUGACCCUUGUUGCUCUGGCGUCUUCCGAAUACGCAAAGAAGGAAAAAGGAGGCAUAGCUUCUGUGUUGAUGCUGGUGUUGUCAAUUCUUUCGAUACUGGUCUUUCUUGGGUUGAUGACGCUCACUGCCAUUAAUAACAAUAAUCUUUUGCGAAAAACUUCGGAUUUUUACUAAGAUCCUUGAGAACAGGAGACA